AUGGCAUCGACCGGCGUAAGCGAUGUCUAUGACACCAUCCUUAGGUUCGGAGAUUACUAUCAAAGGAGGUACUUCCUAGAGACGAACUCGAUGAAACCUGUGUAUAAGACGCUCAGCGUAGAAGACGUUGCCUAUUAUCAGCAGAUACUGGAUAGCCCCGACCUCUCAGCAGUUUUUGAGAAGAAUCUCCCCCUCGAUCUCGGCUUUUUUUAUGGUGUGCGGGAUCAGAUUCAAUCCAUUUUGCGAGUCUGGGAUGCCGUUCUCAUGGAGAACAUCCACGAUCUUGUGAAACCUGAUCCCAUGGGUCCGAGCUGCUUUGACCGACAGGUGUAG